CUUCAUUAAAAACUCUUCACUUUUCUUUCUCUCUCUCUCUCUCCCGAUGUUCUUACCGGGAAACUGCGACAGAAUGUGAAAAAAACAACGUUAGAAUUGUUCAGUUUCACUCACUGCAUGGGUACAAAAACCAUUUGAUUCGACCUUGUUUUUCUUCUGGUUCAUCACCAAUCUUCGGUUACCUACCAAAAACAAACUUCAAUUUUCAAGUCCUCGUGAAUUCUGAGCCAUCUGGGUAUUCUUACUUCCCUGAAAAAGGUAACCUUUUUUCUUCUUUUUUGUUGUUUCAAUCCCAAAUUCUUCAAUGGCACAAGUUGUUGAGGAAAGAGAGAACAGCAGAACUCGCAUGAGCGAUUUCCCAAGAGAUCUGCUAAAAAGGUUCAUGUCCGUGAACCAUCAUCACCAUCGUGAGCUACAACAACAACAACAUCGCCAUGGUGAUGGAGAUGCAGAACAAGAGAUUGAGCUGAGUCUUGGUCUUUCAAUGAACGGUCGUUUUGGUGUGGACCCAACAGCGAAGAAGAUCAAGAGAACAACAUCAAUACCCGAAUUCUCAUUCUCAAAGCCCCUCAUCAGAGAUGAAGAUAAUAACAACAGCAAUAAUAAUAAUCAAGAUAUUGGGGGUUACUCUAAUAACAUGCCAAUGCCUUGCACAUCGAAUCUGAUAAGAACAUGUUCCCUUCCAACGGAGACAGAGGAGGAGUGGAGGAAGAGGAAGGAGUUGCAGACGCUGAGGAGGUUGGAAGCAAGAAGAAAGCGCUCUGAGAAGCAGCAGAGGACCAUCAAGGCCAUGAGGGAAAAGAGUAACCGUUCUUCUUCUUCUUUCUCUGAAGAUAUUGCUGCUUUUGUUGAUGGAAAUAAUAGCAAUCUGGUGGAAGCUGCUUUGAAUGAAUUUAGUAGUUUGGGGAGAACGACGUCGUUGAGUACUAGAGUUGGUGAACUUGGUUUGAAUGGAGACAAGAAAAGUGGUGGUGGUUGUGGUAGUUGUGGUGGUUUGCCACCUCCUUCUCCUCCUUCAAGGGGUCCAUUUGGUUCUCCUCAAGGAGCAGGAUCAUCAGGGAUCUCAGAAUCUGAGAGUCCACAGGGUCAAGGGUCAAGACCAGGAGAUGUGAGAAGCCCUGUUGGUUCGGACACAUUUUCAACUACGACAAGAGACGAGUCCUCCAACAAGCAUUCGCCGCCGGCAAACAAGACGAAGGAGAUAGUGAAGAGCUUGUUGGAAGACAUGCCGUGUGUGUCGACCAAAUUCGACGGCCCCAAUGGGAAGAAAAUAGAAGGGUUUCUUUACAGGUACGGGAAAGGUUUGGAGGUGAGGAUAGUGUGCGUCUGCCACGGCAGUUUCCUCACGCCGGCCGAGUUCGUCAAGCACGGUGGUGGAGGUGAUGUGUCAAACCCAUUGAAGCAUAUUGUUGUUAGUCCAGGAGGGUGUUUGUAAUUUGCAUUGGGUGAGAGGCUAAGAGAAAGAAGAACCAAUUGAUGAGUGAUCAUUUUUCUUUUUCUUUUGUUGCUCUCUUUGAUUCUAUGUUAACUCUUAUAACUCGCUUACUUCUUCCAAUCUUGCAUCUGAUAAUCAAAGUUCAUUGCAUCCUUUGAAUUCAUAGAUGUUUUGAACUGUUCAAUGUGUUUAAUUUGUUCCA